AACUAGGCAACUGGUUAUGCAGCUUGUAAUAUAAAUGGUUGUAAACAUCUCAUUUUUGAAAUAUUUUGUCUUUAUUAUGUUUUUAUACCUUUUUUAUCGUAGAAUAUAAAAUAUAUACGUUGAUUAAAAAGCUCAGAACAGAACUAUAGCGACAGCCGUAAUUUGCAAGGAUGUUGAUGUCAGUGCACAUGGUGCAAUCUACCUACUUUACCUUCUCAUUUUUAUGCGAGUGAAUCGAUAUAUUAAAUUCAAAAUCCUGGUUUCGGUAAAUCUCGAACUAUCGGAUGUACCUAGUAUGAUCAUUCUUAAAUAUAAAUUGCCAAUUAAUAAUAAAAAACAGGAUAACAUAAAUAGAAAUGACCUCACAUGGAUUCUUGUCCCCUCCACUUUGGUCGAUGAAAAGCGACCUCGAAAUCGUACACAUCUGAAAAUCUGGGUCUGUGUGUUUUGGAAAGCGCAGGAAAAACAAAAUACUGCAGUGUCUGCACAUGCAGUGGUGAUCAACAUUUUUACUGCAAUGACGUCUCCAAUAGUGAAUCCGGUUAGUAAAUUUAUUUCUUUUUUGUACUUUACUACUUGAAAACUGCGUCUUAAGAUGUUCAUCUACCUAGGAAUUUUCUUCAAAUUUAGGAUGUUCCGUAUGUGGGAGAAAUCCCAGAUGGCCUGGUACCAGGGAAAAUGUGUAGAAUACAGGGUGUAACACACCCUGAAGCAGACAGAUUUAACAUCAACCUAGCAACGGGUCCGAAUCGCAAACCCAGAGAUGAUACUGCUCUCCAUAUAUCCGUCCGUCUGAAUCAGGGAUACAUAGCCAGAAAUUCUUACAAAGAUGGAACUUGGGGUGAUGAACAAGGAAGCGGAAAAUUGCCCAUCGGGCAAGCUCAGUCUUGGGAGAUUCUCAUUCUGGUUGAUCAAAAUGACUACAAGCUAGCCAUAAAUGGUCAACAUUUCUGCGAGUUUCCCUUCAGAAUCCCAUUGAGUGAGCUGUCACAUAUUCUGAUCGAUGGCGACGUUACCAUCACUUUGAUUUCAUGGGAGGGAAUCACUGGUGUAGCUGGAGGAGAAAGUUCUGCUAAGGCUGCACAGUUGAAUGCUGAAGGUCCACAGGGAAUACCACCACAAAUGGGCCCUCAAGGAGGCUACGGACCACCACCUGGAGGCUAUGGCCCUCCACCAGGAUAUGGCCAGCCAGGUGGUUAUGGACCACCUCCCCCUGGAUAUGGAGUACCCCCACCACCAGGAGCUCACGAAGAAUCUGGAUUCAGUGAUUUUCUGGAGCAAGCCCAGUCCGUGCUUGCGGGUGCAAUCCGUACAGGAGCGGCUGAGAAGAUUCUAGGCGGUUUGUUAGGUGGAGGCGAGCAGAGGCAUCAAGGAUACGCACCACAAAAUGCUAAAUAUGGCAUCUACCCCGAUCUACCACCAGAUUUGAACGUCGACCCAAAAGAUCCAAGGAAUCAGACCUCGCAAAGACCCGGUCCUGUGCAGAGUCUCUUAACUAGUUUCCUUUCUGGGGGAAACAGACAACCACAACAACCAACAUCUGAUCCAAAUACACAAAAUCAGACACAAGCGCACCAAGGACCUGAUUUGGUAUCAUUAUUAUCAGGAUUAUUGAGCAAUAAACAACAAACCAAUGCUGGGCAGCAAGAAAAUACGCAAACCUCACAGCACAAUCCACAACAGCCACAAACCCAAGGAUCAGAUAUAACGUCCAUGUUAGCUGGAUUGCUAUCAGGGGGAAACCAACAUCAAGCUUCGUCACAACAAAAUACAUCAAACCCGUACAUCCCCGGUUCUGAAAUAUCUCAAAAUCAACGUAGCCAAAGUGUCGAUUUGAAUUCGAUAAUUUCCAACUUGCUGUCCGGUGGUCAAGGAAAGCAACAUCCUCCGGAUGCCCCACCGCCAGCGGGAUACACUCCCACACAAACUCAAAGCCAAGGUUUGGAUCUAAGUGGCCUCUUAUCAAGCUUAUUAGGACCACAACCCGGCCCGCAGCAUAGUGACGAUAACCCUCCUCAAGGAGGGCCCAAUAACUCGUCCCAGCAAUCCGGAGGUAUCAAUCUAAACUCCCUGCUCUCCAGUUUACUAGCUGGUGGAGGUGGACAUCCUCCCCAAAGCGGAGGCUACACACCACAACCGCCUCCGAGUGCCCCACAAAGCGGCGGUUAUACGCCUCAUCCUCAAAGUGGUGGAUAUACUCCUCAACCUCAAAGUGGAGGUCAUGUACCCCAACCUGGAGGUGUUGCACCUCCAACUGGAGGCCAAAGUGUGCCCAAACAGCCUCAGCAAGGUAAUAGUGAUCCUUCGAAACCUGCGAGCAGUGAACCAUACGAAGACGUCACUGAUCAGCUAGAACAGUUGAUGGCUAAGGAAGGUAUACGUGGUCAACAGAGCGCCGGUGGUCAAUCGCAGCAAUAUGGCCAGUAUCCACAUCCUCAGCAGAAUCAAGCAGGUCCAAUGGAAAGUCUCCUCUCUGGCCUGCUGUCUGGGGGAGGAUCUCAGCACUCUGGUCAAGGAUCUAUGGGAAAUUUAGGCAGCAUGGGAGGACUACUGCAAAACUUUGCUGGUUCAAUUCUGAAUCCGAAGGAACCUGGUCACCGCCCCAACUACUGAAGUCUAGGUAAAGGAUAUUCUAAACAGCACAAACUCUGCUCUUCCAAGAUAAUCAAAUACUCGAAUUUUCAAUCUCGUAGCUGCUAUUAAGACAGGCGGUUGCUUUUAUAUAUGUCAAAAAUUAGGUAUCUCAAUAUCAAUCCGUUCUCAUGGAAGCGAUUAAAUUGCACUUCAUAGUUAUUUUUAUAAUGUAUUAUUUAUUUUUGUUAGAUGAUUUUUUAUUGUAGAAUUACUUAAAUGUAUAGAAAAUAAGAAUGUGAUGGAUUCGGUGGUUACACUAAUAGUAUUUCUUGUUGCCCUUCCACAUGAAAAAGGAAUAAUUUGGUCAAAAGGAUUUGCUGAGUUGUUUGGAAGAAACGGUAUCAAUUUGAUUCAUACAUAACUUUAAAGAUUUAUUUUUGGGGCAGUCACGACAGUGUUUACUAAUUAAAAAAAUAGGUACAAAAAUGAUGUCGCCUACUAGUCCAGGCGAUUUCUUCGCAUCUGAUUGGAAAAAUAUCCUGAUUCGGAUUUUUGCAUAUUCACAGAGGACCCUCUUUUAAUGAAUCUGCAUGUUGCCACCCCCAAAUUUGCGCCAAAAACUGUUGCAUCAUUGUCAUUUUGUGUCGAAGUUCCUCAACUUAGUAGUAGUAGUAGAAAGAUUUAUUUAGCACAUUUGGCUACAUAAACAGAAUAAUUGUAAACAACUUAGAACUAGUAAAUUCAAGCCAUAUGGUGUAUGAUGUAAAUGCUUGGCAACCUAUAAUUGUAGAUUUAACAAGUGAUUUCUCAAUUUUACUUUAAAUUUUGUCAAAGUUUUCUG